UAGUUAAGAAAAUGUUGACCCCAAGCAUAGGUUGGACGAUAGACGUAUCAACCCAUUUGGAAAUUAAUUUUUAACUUUAUUUUCACCAAUGAUGAGCUUGGGCAUCAAUUUAUUAUUCAAGGGCAUACACACAUUGACUUGACAAUAUUUCCACGAUCUUAAGGAAUUCUUUGAAGCCAGCUUGACGACAUCAAUUCUCAUGGGUGCAUAUCUAAUUGUAUACACUCCUCUGCUUGUUGCCACCUGCACAUGCUACUCCAGCAUCUUUUUGUAUUCAAAGCGCAAUGUCGCCAUAAGCCUUGAAAAGGCGCCGUGCACCCUCGGAAGUCUCGGGGUUUCCUAUGCGCAAUACGAAGACUUAUUGCCACAAUGCAAUGAUUUACCAGCAAAUCCGAAGACGAACAUUUCAGUGCUAGUAGAUUUGAUGCGACAACGAAGGACUUUCUGAAAAGCUGACCACAAAACCUGAAAGCUAAAGACAUCGCAAAUGUGCUUGCUGAAAAAUUGAAUCUUUCAACAAUGUGGCCGUACGUAAAAGAUUCGAACUAUCAACCCCGCAACACAAAACCAAAACAAUUUGCUCUCUUCAUUAGUCUCACAAACCGAGGUUUUUGAAAAUUCUCCGCCGAGUGCACAAAAAUUACAUUUUUGACAAAGAAAAAGUUCUAUGCGAAAGCAAAUUUAAAUGACUUUUUGUCUCUAAUAUAGGAAAAACUCUCCGGUUACAUUGGCGAUGGUUUCUGGGACCCUCCAUCUGGAAGUUUGCAUUCUGUAUGUUCCAGGUGAUUGCCAGCCCAUACCCCUUUCUUUCGCGAGCAAUGAUGAAGGAGUGAGAAUAAUGCUACAACAAAAAUAUUAUCGAGUUUUGCCGGAAAAAUCGAAUAAGCUGC